AUUCAUUGUCGUGUUUUGACCUCUUCAACACCCGAGCCAACUAUGGCACUAAACUAGAGAGAGAUAUUGAUUUUAUAACAAAUCAAACUCCUCUCAACGCUCAUGCCUCUGCGAUUUCAAGCUUGUUUGUUUUUUUUGUAUGUGGUGAAUAUAGAAAAAUCUAUUCCCCUGUUCGCCGCUACUCUGCUUUUAUAUCCAUCUGUAUUUGUAAAGAAAGAGGUAGUAGAUAAUGAGAGGUGCUAAUGGAGGCGAUGCCAGAGCUGUGAACAACACUUUGGAGACUAUCAACGCUGCUGCAACUGUCAUCGCUUCCAUCGAGAAUCGCCUUAAUCAACCUCAUCCUCACGUCCAGAAGAAAAGCUGGGGAAGCUGGUUGAACAUGUAUUGGUGUUUUGGACAUGGCAAUAACCGAAAGCGCAUCGGACAUGCAGUCCUUGUUACCGGAAGAACAGCUUCUGGCACAGAUGCUGCUGCAACAGUAAAUUCAACACAAGCACCUAUUAUCCCAUUCCACUUUUCUGCACCUCCCUCAUCUCCUGCAUCUUUCCUUCACUCGGAACCUCCUUCAGUUGCACAAUCCCCAUGUGGUCCUUUCUCUAUCUUUGCCAUUGGACCUUAUGCACACGAAACACAAUUAGUUUCGCCACCUGUUUUCUCAACAUUCACCACAGAACCAUCAACUGCUCCUUUCACUCCCCCUCCUGAGUCUGUCCACUUGACUACACCUUCUUCACCCGAAGUGCCAUUUGCUCAACUGCUUGACCCCAACACCAAAAAUAGUGAGACCUAUCAGAGGUUCCAAAUUUCUCAGUAUGAUUUCCACUCCUAUCAGCUUCAUCCUGGAAGCCCGGUUGGUCAACUCAUUUCACCAAGAUCUGCUUUCUCACCUUCUGGCACAUCAUCUCCUUUCCCUGACACUGACUUUAACUCUCGUGGCUCCCUCCUCCUUGACUUUCAAAUAGGUGACCCUACCAAGCUUCUAAACUUUGAUAAACCGUCUACUAAUGAAAACCACAAGUCACAUCAAGGUUCUGGCUCUCUAACCCCUGAUUCUAUAAGAUCCACAACUCAAGCUGGUUUUCUUCCAAGUCACUGGGUUUCUGAUAUCAUAAUGUCCCCACGUCCAAGAAAAAAUCACCCGAAUGAGAUUAGUGUAAACCAUAGGGUCUCUAUUGAAGUGUCUGCCCAAGAAGUAUUAAAAUGUGUGGAAAACAAGGCAGUGGCACUUUCAAAACUCAAAACUGAUGCACCAGGAGAAGAUAAAAAAGAUAAUUCAAUAGAAGUCCUUGUCUCUGAAACUCCCAAUGAUGCACCACAACAGACUGCGGACAAUGGAGAUGUGGAAAGGGCUCAUCAUAAGGAUGAAUGUAUAAUAUUUUCUGCUGCUAAAGAAUUCAACUUUGAUAAUGCAGAAGGAGGGGAUUCUCCUGCUCCUAAUAUAGUUGCUGACUGGUGGGCUAAUGAGAAAGUUGCAAGCAAGGAAGGAGGAUCGUCCAAUAAUUGGUCUUUCUUCCCAAUGAUUUGACCUGGUGUUGGCUAAUCGCAAAUAAGGAAGGACUGACUUAGUUUAGUGAUUUUCACUUAACAUAGCCUUGCUGGAAUUUGACAUGGAAUUUUUUAUUAAAAAAAAAAUUGUGCCAUUGUAUCACAGUAGCCAACACCACCCCUACUAAAUUGAAUCAUAGGCAACUAAGAAUUUUUACUUUGGUAGAUCUACCAAAUAGAAUGGUGGGGAUAAUGUUUGAACUAUGAGGGUAAGUUUUGCAGACUAGCUAUAAAUUUUGCAGGUAAACCUACUUUGGAUUAGGAAUGGCUUUAUAUUUAGAGCAUCUCCAUUCUCCACACCCGAUUCUUUAUGCUUUUCGUUUGUAAGUGUAAUAUAGUUGACAUCUAGACAUUGGUUACCAAUAACCAAUGACGAUUUUGAUUUUUGACUA